CUUAAUAUUAUUGAUGGGAUCUCCUCAACUGUGCAUUUGUUUUUCUCCCAAUUAGUUAAUUAUUUAAGUCAAGUCAAGUGAAAUGAGUUACACACUUAUUAUUUCUUCAUUGACAGACGAUUGAUUAAAUAAACUGCUUUUGUCCUUGACGGUCCAUUUGUUUUCUCUCACAAACGAUUGAUUAACUUGAUCAAAUAAUUAGUUAUAAAAAAAAAAAGAACUUGAAUCGAAUAAGAAUGACUUACACUUGUACAUAAUGAUUUCUCCUUUGACCAUAACCUGUUUUUUUGUUUGGUGAAAGUCUUUCAUUUUUUCAAUUUACAGUUAAAACUGAGGUCUCAGAUGUUGGCAGUUGUUUAUUGAGAGCUACGUUUUUCCUAGCAGGCGGCGACUUUUUCAGCUCGUCUCUAGUGUUCCAUACUAGGGCAUUUUCCUUCAUUAAUGGAAACAUACAGAAAAUUAUACACAAACGUGUAUUAUUUAGUUAUAUUUGUGUGGUUUAGGGCCACAGUAUUCAAGAAUUAUAAGCAGACAUAUAUUUUUACGGAAAAAAUCUCAAAGUACACACGUUCUUAAAAAAAAUUCCCAAAAUACAUGAGUUAUAAAAAAAAUUCCCAAAGUACACAUGUUUGAGCAUCACCGUUUUAGACAAACGCGGUGAAGAUCAUCACCGCGUUUGACAAACACGGUGAAUACUUCACCGUUUUAAACAAAAACGGUGAAGUAUUCACCGUAUCAGACCAAAACGGUGAAGUUUUCACCGCGUUAAUUAACAACGGUGAAUACAUUACCGUUUUGGUCAAAAACGGUGAAGCCUUCACCGUUGUUAACUAACGCGGUGAUCAUUUCCCACGUUUCCCACCCCUGGUAGGUCAAAAUUAGGUCGCAGCUACCACCUAUUCACCGUUUGAGACAAACGCGGUGAUAGUGUUCACCGUUUUUGUCAAAAACGGUGAAUAGUAGGCAGAUUUUCCUAUAAAUACCACACCACCAGCAGUUGUAAAAACAUAACCACUCCCCUUUCUUCAAAUUUCAGCAGCCAAAAUCGAGCAUAAUACACAGAACAGAAAUUUUUCGGUAUGUUGAGACUUUUCGUAUUAUGGUCUAAUUAUGUUUUUAGUAGUUAUAGUAUGAUUUAAUUUUCGUAUUAUGUUGUUGUUAGUUAGUUGAACUUAUGUUCGUUAGUUAUAGUAUGAUUUAAUUUUCGUAUUAUGUUGUUGUUAGUUAGUUGAAUUUAUUUUCGUUAGUUAUGGUAUGAUUUAAUAUUAGUUGUACAAUAUGAUUUUGGUUAAUUUUACUGUCUUUAAGCUAAUAGAUACUUAUUGUAAAUUGUAGAUAUGGGUAAAUUCAAGAAGUUUCAUCUUACUAUUCGGUGGAAUGGAAGGGUGACAAACUCUGACAUAGGCAUUGAUUAUGAGGACGGCGAAUCCAUUAUGCUGAAAAUUGAAUCCCGAUUCAAUUUUCAAGAACUCUAUGAUCUUUGUGCAGAAAGGGUUUGUACGAGCGGACAGACGAGACUUGGCAAAAUUACUUACCGGUAUCCAGACAUGAGUGCUGGCGGGGUCGUGUUCCAAGAAGUUGUCAUAAACGAUGAUGACGCGGUUAUGAUGAUGUUACAGUUCCUAAGCGAUAACCAAGUCCGGCUUGCAGAGGUGUAUGUUGAGACCGAGGCGCUCGGUGAAUCUCAUUCUCACCAGUAUUCUUAUGAUGAUGGUUUUGCAGGAGGGUACGAAUGGGGUGGUAGUUCGAGCAACUACCAAGGCGGUGGUUAUACAGCAGGUUACGGGGAGGGUGGUGGUUCAAUCAACUACGGUGGAUCGAGUAGUGCAGGAUGGGACCAAUACUCGCAACCUCCUAAACCAGCCCCAUUUGUUGAGGCCGAUGGUGUUCAAUGGCCUGCUUGGGGGCCAGAGUGGUAUGGAAUCGAGAAUACCAUUCGAUCAGGGCGUACUUCACAUGAGCGAGAGGACGAUGUUGGUGAUCGUGGUCAUGUUGAUCCUUCUAGCUCGAGCUAUCCAUUCGAGUCAAGCGACGAGGAUACUGAGGAAGAUUUGAUAUCAGUGAGCGAGGAGGAGGAAGAUACUGAUGAUAACGAGGAUGAGGCGGCAUUUCGUGAGGCACCCACGCCAUAUUACACACAGGUUCCAACUCAAUUUUUACAUAGUCAGAAUGAUCCCCCCGACUUUGUCCCUAUGCCAGUGUACAAUCCGACGGCCAAUCUGGAGGUGGGUAUGGCGUUCACAUCGAAAGACGCUGUGCAGGAUGCAUUUACAGAAGAGGCGUUGAGGCGCAAUUUCGAGUGGAAGGUAAAUGGCACCUUGCACAACCACGUCUCGUGAUCCAGAGGGUGCCUAAGAUGAUGCAGCUCAACCACUUCACGUGGAUAUGGAUCCCAUAUAACCUAAAAUCACAAAAAUUCGGAAUUAACGACCAUUUACUUUGAUAAAAUUGAUCUUGUUCA